AAAAUUAUAACCAUGUGUACAUGACUUUAUUAUGUUAAAUACGUGCGUCACAACUUUUUUGUUCCUAUGAUUUGUGUAUUUGCAUUUGAAUUGCAUUUGCAUUUUAAUCAUACUCUACGGAUGAUAAAAAUCAGUUCUGUUAUUUAGUUAAAUGUUUAAGCGAUUGAUCGCUUUUUCUUAUGUAAAUAUAAGCCAGGUCUUGUCGGAUCAGGGUCGCGAUCAGGAUAAAAUGCAUAACGCCCGGAGUUAUCGCGACCAUUUGACCCGAGAUGCCGCUUGCAACGACCGUGCCUAAUAAAUGCAAUUACUUGCGAAAUAAACGGGGCAUUGUUACUUGCAUUGGAUUCAAAGACUGUGACUUAAAAGUGUAAAAAUACUGAAACGGUUAGAAUGGCUGCAGAUAAAGAUAAUUUAUAUCCAAACUGCACUACCUCUGUCUUUCUAAGAUCUUGCGACGAAGAAAUAACGACUCCAUUAAAAGGAAAAACUACAGGUCAUAUACCGUCAUGGAUGCAAGGUACACUUCUACGUAAUGGUCCAGGGACGCUAAAAGUUGGAUCGAUGUCUUUUGACCAUGUGUUCGACGGUUCAGCGCUCUUGCACAGCUUCAAGAUCUCGGAGGGAUCAGCGACUUACCAGUGUCGCUUUGUACGUACUGAUACGUACAAAAGAAAUCAGGCAGCGAAUCGUAUUGUGGUCACAGAGUUCGCUACUGAGGCAGUUCCCGACCCUUGUCAUACUAUCUUUGACAGGUUUUCAGCAUUUUUUAAACCAUUGGAAAAAUUGUCGGACAACACAGUAGUGUCUGUGUAUCCUAUUGGCGACGAAAUAUAUACUUUUACGGAAUCACCCAUCAUACAUCGGAUAGAUCCAAAAACUCUAGAUACUUUAGAAAGAAAAGAUUUAAUUAAGGAUCUCGCGAUCGUGAAUCAUUCGGCUCAUCCACAUGUUCUACCAAACGGUGAUGUUAUCAACAUUGGUUUGUCGUACACAAGUUGGGGGAUGAGACACGUUGUCAUACAUUUCCCAUUUUCAACAAAAGGUAACAUGUUUGAAAAUGCUAGCAUCGUAGGCAGUAUGAAGCCGCGCUGGCAAAUGCACCCAGCCUACAUGCAUUCUUUUGGUAUAACAGAGAAUUAUUUCGUGUUAAUCGAGCAACCUAUGACGAUAUCUCUAGGCACAGUUAUGCGAAAUGUACUUUUAGACAAACCUUUUGCUUCUGCUCUACAAUGGUAUCCAGAUGUUGAGACGCAUAUAGUAUUAAUAAGUCGUAAAACUGGAGAAGAAGUACGACGUUACCGCACGGAGACGCUGUUUUACUUCCACGUGAUUAACGCGUUCGAGAAUGACCAUAGCCUCGUACUCGACCUCUGUACUUAUAAAGAUGCAAAAAUAUUGAGUGGAAUGUAUGUCAAAGCGAUGCAGACGAUACAAAGUAACACAGACUGCGCGGAAUGGUUCCGUGCGCGGCCGAAGCGUCUUGAAAUGCCACUCGAAGCGGAUACCAUGUCAUUUGUGGAGGCCAAAUUACUGGCUGACAUCGGAUGUGAAACGCCCAGAAUAAAUUACGAUAAGAAUAAUGGACGUCUGUACCGAUAUUUCUAUGCAAUAAGUUCGGAUAUCGACCACAGUAAUCCUGGAGCGAUAAUCAAAGUGGACACAUGGACUGGAGAAUACAAGGCGUGGUUUGAAGAGGACAGUUUCGCUAGUGAACCUGUGUUUGUACCAGAACCUAACGCACAAGAAGAAGAUGCGGGUAUUCUUCUAUGUGCUCUUCUCUGGGGUUCACAUAUAUGCAGAAUUAGUUUGUUAUUGCUGGAUGCGAGGACGAUGUUAGAAGUUGGUCGUGUUACGUUCGACACUCCUUCGCCAGCACCGAAGUGUAUUCACGGCUGGUUUUUGGCAGAUCGUGUCUGAAGUUGUCACCGUUGGAUUUUGAUUUCAGUGUCUUUUUAACUUGACUAGUAAUCUUAUGGGAAAUUUGACCGAUUUCCCGAGUAGUCGAGUUAUUUUAUAGAUUAAGUAAAUGUUUAGAGUUUUCUAUUUUUUUAUGAUGAUUUUUUUUAUUUCACAUGUGCGAACAUAUAUUUUAAAUUGUAUAAUUAAGUACCAAGUAGUUAAGUCCAUCUAGUCAACGAAAUUAACAAUUUUCCCUAUUAGUGUAUGAGGCUAAUGUGUAAACAUUUUUGCAUGAGAUCACAAUAAAUAAAUAUUUAAAA